ACUGGGAUAGUGUUUGGGUUCCUCAGCUGCUGAGCUUUCACGUGCUGCAUUCCUGACUCAUUCCAGAUGUGUGAGGGGGGAAAAUCCACUACAGUCAUAAGUCAAGACAAGUAGAAGAAGCUUCAGAGAUCCUAGAAGCUGGCUACUGGAGGCAGGAGCUGCUCCCAGGAGAAAGAGAAGAAUCCAGACCCUAGAAUCUGCCCAGGAGAACAGGUCAUGUUCAUCCAGUCCUGCCUGUUAUCAGUCCUGCUGCUCUAUGUGGAUGCCAACUUCACCAGCAAGUGGCACCGAGCUUUGUUUUUUCCAUCCGCCCUUCGUGUGCGUCGUUCUUCCCCUGAAUUCCUGGACCCCAUUCUUCAAAUGUCCCUGCCGGAGGUGGAGCUGCUCUAUGAGUUCUUAACUACAGGAGUUAACAUUGACAAGGAUGACCGGCUAACUCUCCGUGACCCAGAGUUGUCCUCUCUAAAGAAAGCAACCACGUUUGAUGUUGUGUGCAACGAUGUGAUUCCAAAGUCUAUAUCAGAAAUCCAAAGAUUGGGUGAUAAAUUGUCUCACAUUUCUGGUCCCUUAAACAGAGCAGACUUUGAGAGGACACUCCUGACCAUGGCCUAUGGAGCCUUGAAGACAUCACAGUCAGACAAUAGCAACCAGCAGAAGUUCUGGAUGCAGACCCUAACCAAACUCUUCAUAGCCUUAAGGAGAGAUUUGAUGUUCCCGUAUAAUAAAGAGGGACACCACUGAGCCAGGGGUCUUGACGAUGGCCCAUCUAUUCAUGCAUGUUGUCAUACACCUACCAGUAUAUCAAAGAAUAUAAUUUAUUUUGUCUAUUGCAAUGUAGAUGGAUCUACAGACUAAUGGGUUAUAGUUUCCAAAACAGUGCUGUCAUCAUAACAUUUUUACAUUUUUUUUUAGGGUGAGGGGGAUUGUGAUCAUAUAUUUUAGUCUUAAUCAUUGUGAUUCCGAUGAAUUACGGUAUGUCAUUUGGUGCCCUAGGAACACUAACCUAGUAGGCAGGAGCAUUGGUAUGGUCUUAAAGAUUUGGGAAACAAGACCUAAUGCAUAUGUGUCAAAUUAUUAAUCCAGUCCAGUACUAAAGGCAUAUUUGAAAGGAUAUUACAUUCAGUGUUAUCACACAUACAGGAGAAUACAGCAUUGCAUACCUAUUAUAUACAGUGAUGUCUUCUCUUAUCAUACACAUUCUCUUUCCUGAUCUUUUCCAUUUGGCCCAGAGUGGCAUGACAUCUUCUUUUAGACCUGUCUCAUCUCUGCAGAGUUUCCUCACUUUCUUCACUAUUAUCCCCCUACCCUCAUGCCCCAACAGUGUUAUCCUUCUGCAACCCCCCGUACUGUGCCAGUUAUGUUCCUAAAUGUUUCCAAAUACUAUACUUAACCACUUCACAUCCAUCCAUAGGAUAUAAACGUCCUAUGGGUGGACGUUCUGGAAUGUCCAUUCAGAGACGGCAGCUGCACGCUAGUCGUGCAGCUGCCGAGCGGGGGGCCCGCUGUCAGUGACAGCAGGGCAACCCAGAGAGAAGUCCCAGGUGUCCCUACCUUAUAGAUUGCUGUAUACAGCGAGCGCUGUGUAUACAGAUCAGGAAGCGCUAUGCCGCCUCCUGUCCCGGCCCGGUGGUCAUGUGACCGACAAGGCCGGGAGAGUGCAGGAGCUGUCAGGUCUUCCACAGACCUCUAUCAGCCCUGCACUGAGGCUGUACAGUGCUGUAUUCUGCUGUACAGCCUCUCUGGGGGCUGUAUUUCCCCUGUAACUGGGGCUACUAUGUCAGCCCCAGUUACAGGAUAAAUCAAUGGUGGAAAAAAGAAAGUGAAGUUAAAUGUCCCCCAGAGGUCUUGUAUGACCUUAUGGGGAACACAAAGUAUAAAAAAAAUUAAGUAAUUAAAUUUAUUUUUUAAAUAGAAACAAAAUAAAAUAGACAUAUUUGGUA